AUGUCGGAACAGAAGAUCAACCAGCCUUUGGCCGACAUCUCCAAGAUGUCAGUGCCCACGCUUCCAUCGACUGCUCCUGAGUUGCCCAAGCAGAACGGCUUCUGGUCCUCCAACCCCGUCUUCUCCUACUUGAACGACGUCUACACCAACAUCUCCCAGCACAGACAAUCCUUGGGUUUGACCAACCCAGGUACCGUGGAGAACCUCACCAAGGAGGUCAACCGUGACGUCUUCUUGAACCAGCACUUCUUCCAGGGUUUGCGUGCCGACUUGAACAAGUCCUUCUGUUUUGACCCAGCUUUCCAGACCUCCCACGCCUUCUCCAUUGGCGGCGACUUGCCCCCUUAUGCAUUCUCGGCUUUGUACGCCCGUGAAAACAUGUUUGCCCAGGGUAACAUCGACAACCAGUUCUCCGUUUCUGGUAAGGUCAACUACGGCUGGGACGAGCACAAUGUCUCCAAGGUGACUUUGCAGAUUGCUCACGGCCAGCCUACCAUGUGCCAGUUGGAGCAGGACUACAACGCCAACGACUUCUCCAUCAACUUCAAGACCUUGAACCCUCUGUACUUGUCCGGUGCUUUUACUGGUGUUGCCAUUGGCUCCUUGUUGCAGUCCUUGACCAAGAAGUUUGCUGUGGGUGUCGAGGCCACCUUCUCCAGACAGAACUCCUCUCUUCCUCCAGACAGUGCUAUCAGCUACUUUGCCCGUUACAACGCCGGUGACUGGAUUGCUACCGCCCAGGUCCAGGGCCAGGGUGCUCUUGUCGGUACCUUCUGGAGAAAGGUUUCCGAGAACGUCCAGGCUGGUUUGGAGACCCAGAUCGCCGCCGGUAUGAGACCUGUCAGCACACCUUUCGGCGCCCAGCUCGAACCUGUCGUUGAGGGUAUCACCACCUUGGGUGCCAAGUACGAGUACCGUACCGCCGUCUUCAGAGGCCAGGUCGACACCACUGGUAAGACCUCGGUCUUCUUGGAGAAGAAGAUCAUGCCUAUGCUCUCUGUCAUGUUCGCUGGUGAGAUUGACCACUUCAAGCAGUCCUCCAAGGUGGGUGCUGGUUUGCAGGUUGAGACUGCCGGUAAUGAGCAGAUAUUCUUGAUGCAAAACGGUAUGGUUGACGCCAACGGCAACCCUAUCCCUGGCGCUGCCAUGUAA